AGACAUCGACCACGAUGUCCACAGACAAGGGAAAGGCUCCUGCUAACGGAACAGCAGCGAGCCUUCCGUACGAGCUCCCAUGGGUCGAGAAGUACAGACCAAAAACGCUGGACGACGUUGUCGGCAACUCAGAGACAAUUGAACGCCUGAAGGUCGUCGCGAGGGAUGGGAAUUGCCCGCAUAUUAUUCUCUCAGGCCUACCUGGCAUUGGCAAAACCACGAGCAUACAUUGCUUGGCUCACCAGCUCCUGGGAGAUGCCUACAAGGAGGGAGUCCUCGAGUUAAAUGCUUCAGAUGAACGAGGUAUUGACGUGGUCCGCAACAAGGUCAAGGCGUUCGCACAGAAGAAAGUAACGCUUCCACCAGGCCGUCACAAGAUAGUCAUCCUCGACGAAGCGGAUAGCAUGACUCCAGGUGCUCAACAGGCACUAAGAAGAACAAUGGAGAUCUUUGCGAAUACGACGCGGUUCGCUCUGGCAUGCAACAUGUCGAACAAGAUCAUCGAACCUAUACAGAGUCGCUGUGCCAUAUUGAGGUAUGCGAAACUGAGAGACGCAGAGGUUCUGAGGCGGCUGCUUGAGAUAUGCGAGAUGGAAGGUGUGAAGUACAACGAUGACGGCUUAACAGCCCUCAUCUUCACUGCAGAAGGUGACAUGCGACAAGCUAUCAACAAUCUGCAAUCCACAUUCUCUGGCUUUGGUUUCGUGUCAGCCGACAACGUUUUCAAGGUCUGCGACCAGCCACACCCUGUGGUGGUACAAGCCAUGAUUCGGUCGUGUUUGAAGGGAGACGUUGAAAAUGCGAUGGAGAAGCUUAACGAACUCUGGAAUCAUGGCUAUAGUGCCGUGGACAUUGUGGUCACGAUUUUCCGCGUCGUGAAGACGUUCGACGAGAUACCAGAAUACACGAAACUUGAAUAUAUCAAGGAGAUCGGCUUCACGCAUAUGCGCAUCCUGGAGGGCGUCAGCACUCUCAUUCAGCUCGGAGGGCUCAUGGCGAGGCUCUGUAAGAUGAACUUGAAGCCGGAGCUGUUCAAGAUAUGAGGUCUAUGCAUUGAAUAUCUGCCAUAUGCAUGAGAGCUCGAAUAAGGAUCCUGGUUGUGCAUCGUGUUCGAUCAUGAAUGCAUGACGGUCUGCGCCGCGGCUGAAUCGAUCCUUUCUUGUGCUGACUCGGAAGCUCGAAACUUGUCGAGAAUCACAAUGGGAUCCGCGUUAGGUCCAUGUGCCUCUGCGAUUUGUGGCUUUUUAGACAGUACGCUCGUAGCACCGCUCUCUUCUUUGUGUGGGUGCGACAAAGUCGGUACCCGAUACAAUAAUUGCUCUCAC